AUGUCGAGGGAAGGACGUGACUACCCAAUCACCAAGGAAACUGAAGCCAGAGUCAGACUCGACGGAAUGCGCGAAGUUGAUGAGGAUGUUACGAGCACUGGCCAGUUCGAAGCACAGUUGAAGAGGGCUCGAAGCGUGCCUGCCAGAGUUUUUGGUUUAUCAAGAAAGUUUACUUCUGAAAUAUCGGCCUUGCCAGAGAAUCAUCGAGUGGAAUCCUCUUCAUCGACUAACAAAAAACUUACUUCCAAGUCCAAGAGUAUUAUUCACCCACUUUUCAGCCUCUUCGAUGUUCGUCGUAAGAAGAAACCAACAGCAAAACCAGAAUUUGGUAGGUAUAUAGAGUAUUUGAAGGAAGGAGGGAUGUGGGACAUGAAUGCUAAUAUGCCUGUCAUGUACUACAAAUGA